CAGGAUUAGCCAGCUGGCAGCAGGUACAGUCAGUAAAACGCCAUCGCUUGAGCAUGGUACUAAGCAACAGCUGCUGGGCCCUGCUGGCCCUGGCUAGUGUAGCCGCGCUAGCGCAAGCUUCCACCAUCCGUGACGUGCUGGCGUUCCGUACCGGGGAGGGACCACAGCCCACCGACAUUGCGCCACUAACGGCGGACAUCAUCAGCAACGAUGGGUAUCUGGUCGAGGAGCACCAGACGACGACGGCCGACGGCUACAUCCUGACGAUGUUCCGCAUCCCCGGUGGUCCAGGUAAUCCACCACGCGAGGGCAAGAACGUUGCAUUCGUCCAGCACGGAUUGCUGUGCUCUUCGGCCGACUGGGUUAUUCUGGGACCGGGCAAAGCCCUCGCCUACAUGCUGGUGGACGCCGGCUACGACGUGUGGUUGGGCAAUGCGCGUGGUAAUACGCACUCCCGGCGGCACAUCUUCCACGAUCCGGAUGCACGCAAUACGGACUUCUGGGACUUUAGCUGGCACGAGAUCGGUUACUUCGAUCUGCCGGCCAUGAUCGAUUACGCGCUGCAGUUCACCGGCCAGACGUCGCUACAGUACGCCGGCCACUCGCAAGGUACGACCUCGUUCUUCAUCAUGACGUCGCUCCGUCCGGAGUACAAUCAGCGUAUCCGUUCGAUGCACGCCCUAGCUCCGGUGGCGUUCAUGAGCAACCUGCGGUCACCGUUCGUGCGUGCCUUCGCUCCCUUCGUCGACCAGAUUGAUUGGCUAAUGCGUAUGCUGGGCGUGAACGAGUUCCUUCCCAGCAGCGACAUGAUGGCGCUCGGUGGUGAAAUGCUGUGCCGGGACGAGGCCCGCUUCCAGGAGGUGUGCGCCAACGUGCUGUUCCUGAUCGGUGGUUUCAACUCGCCCCAGCUCAACCGCACUAUGCUGCCGGCCAUUCUGGCCAACACUCCGGCCGGUGCCUCGGUGAACCAGCUGGUCCACUACGCCCAGGGCUACAACUCCGGACGCUUCCGGCAGUUCGAUUACGGUCUCACGCUGAACCUCAUCCGGUACGGUUCGAUCCGUCCACCAGACUAUCCGCUCGACCGCAUUACCGCCCCGGUAGCACUGCACUACGGUGACAACGAUUGGCUGGCGGCAGUGUCGGACGUUCGCCAGCUGCACUCCAACCUCCGUAGCUCGAUCGGACUGUUCCGUGUGUCGGACCCGAACUUUAACCAUUUGGAUUUCACCUGGGCCAUCGAUGCCGAUUCGCUUCUUUAUCGGCGCGUCAUCAGCUUCAUGGAUCGAUACAACUAAAUAGAGAUACGCUGCAAAAAAUAAUUGAAACCGUGUACAAUGGAGGUAAACAACCAAAAACAUUCUGCUCCGAUAAAAACAAUCGAACGAUAAGGCACCGGAAGGUGUGUGCUGUUGUACUGGGCGACUAA